CUAAAAUGGAAGCCAACACUGGCCGUGGGCCGACCCCUCUGUCAACGUAAGCCCGGCUUUACUUCAUCAUGGAUUUUGCGAGGCCCUUAUCAACUUGUUUUUGCAAACGUCCGUUGAUGCGAUUACCUGCAAAGUAGUGAGUCGCGCGCACGCAACGUGACUUCGGUUCACCUGAUCCCAGAUGGACGGUGAUGACGUCGGCGCGCUUGAGGGGCGUAUUGAACGGAUAUGACGUGCGGUAGCCUACGCGGCAGCCCGCCCCUUAAUGUAUAUCACCGAUGCUGAUAAUGUGGCUUUGGACCAUGAGGAAAAUCACAAACAAGGAGUGAGGUGUUGGAUUUCUCGUGUUUACCUACACAAAGCGCCGUAUAAAUAGGUAGGGAAGACCCACUCCAAACAAAACAGUCUGGCUAUAGAGCAUGCUACGCAUGUAAUACCGCCGCCUGUCACAAUGGAUUUAACUUUUUUACUCGCCGCCGUUAUUUUUACUCUUCUUGCUAUUGUGGUGGCAACGUCCAUAUUUAAUGGUUCGCCGUCCUCUGUUGACUUUGCGAGGAGCUACUUUGGACCAAAGGAUAAAGCUCAGGCAGGAUUAGAUAAAUCUAGUGCAUGGCAGAACGGUCAUAUUACCAACAAGAAGAAAACGGCGGACGACUGGAAUGAAGUUAGUGGGAGUUCACAUGACCACUGGGAAGUCGUUAAAUCGGUCCUUUCCGAGGAAUCGGAGUCGCGGCUUGACGCUGCUGAACACGCAGCCCCAUCUCAGUCCACUUCCGACGACUCUAGAUGCAUCCGUCCAUCUAGGAGCAAGAGCUAUGACGUGGACUCUCCGUCUGCUGCUGCCUCCUUGGGGGUCGGUCGGAGGUCUCUCAUCGGGCUCUCUGAGAAGGAGCUCCUAAAGUGUGCUUUUUCUUAUCCCCAGACCGAGGGAAUCUCAGAGAGCCCGGACGUUGAUGAACUGAAGUAUCUCCCGGGACGGGCCCAAGCCAGCCGCAUAGAGACCAUGAUGUCCAAACAGGAGCUGGAGGAAGAGCAGAGGGUACAACGGGAGCAGCUGGCGGCCAUCUUCCAACUGCUCCGAGAGAACAAGCAGACGUUUGGGGAGGUUUCGGAGGGGGAGCUGGAGGACCAGUUCAGACUCUACUCCACCUGAGGCCCGCAACACUACAACAACCCCCCACCCCACUCCCUGUGAACCAUCUGCCAUUGAGAUCUAUGAGCUCUUCUUAAAGACUGUUCCAUCUGAUGAGUACCAUGCGUUAGGAAACGUUUACAGAAAGACAUGCAAAGCAGAAACCGAACAAUACUGGAUGCUCAUCGUUGUCCUUAUGUUCAUUCAGCCCCGUCCACCGGUAAACUCCAGGUUAUGUGAAAUUAAACUUAGCUCAGGACAUUCUUUAAUAGAUUCCAAACUGUAAAUAAGACAAAUGAAUUGCGUAGUUUGAUCAGUUUUAUAUGAGGAUACGUUUAAAGUAGUGAAUAAAAUGUAUAAUAACAUUAUGUAUGUUAUGUGUUGACCAUUUUUUUCAUGUUGUUCAUUCUUCAUGUAUUAAACCGCCAAGGGUAUAAGACCUGCAAAGCUGCUUCAGUAUGAUGAUUCAGUAUGAACUCCUGUUAAAUAAAGAGGUAAAAGUUGUGUUUAGAUACUGUGUGUGCGUGCGUGCAUGUGAGUGAGAUUCAAGGAAAUUAUAUGCGUUUUUUUAAGCUGUCAUCACUCCAUAACUAAAUCCCCACGCCCACCUUGAUGGGCGUGGGGAACUAGGUACACAAAACGCCAGGGUUGAAAAUGUUUGCUCAACAGUGUCAACCAGGACACCGUGAUGGCAUCUCGCGCUGUAAGAAGGUUUGUCGCAGUGCUGAUAAUCCUCACCAUAAGCAAAUGCUUGUACAUGCGACUACAGCAUUCGAAGAAGGCCGGCAUCCAACAAUUUGGGGAGGCAAAAGAUAAGGGAUUCCUGCUGACGGAAGAGGAAGCCCCAAAGUCGACCCUGGAUGACGAUGAAGAGUUGACCACUAUCGAAAAGGCAGAGUUGGUCACUAAAAACUCUGUACAGUUGACCACUGAAGACAUUGAUGAGGGGACAUCUGAUGGGAAUGAAACCUGGUUGAUUCAACACACGCCUACAAAGAGGUCUGUAGGCUCGGACUCUGAGACGCUCAUGCCUCUCCUCCAUAAGAAAGACUUUCGGAAGUUGCCCCAAUGGGACUUUGAAGAUGUAUACUCAAGGAGUGACCAGCCAAGACAGAUGACAUGUUCCCUUUCUCUGCGGAAGUCUGAAGAUGCAAACUUCACCAAGAACUUUAUUCCAAACAUCAACUUGUUCAUGUACAACAGGAGCGUCACUGUGAGGGAGUGGAACAGGCUCUCCCACUUUAACAACCCCUUUGGUUUCAUGGGCUACGAUUACAGAGAGGUUGUAGCUGCAUUGCGACAUAUCCCAAAACCACAGGAACCAAUGCUUGUUGCCAGGGGAGACGGGGUAGGCUGUGUGUCCUGUGCUGUAGUGGGCACAGCUGGAAUCCUCAGUGGUUCAGGAAUGGGGAAGGAGAUUGAUGGCCAUGACUAUGUGUUCCGGAUGAAUGGUGCUAUCACCAAGGGAUACGAGGAGGAUGUAGGAAACAAGACCUCUGUGUACCUCCACACUGCCUACUCCCUCACUUCAGCUCUGUCGUACUACAAGAAACACGGUUUACCAAGAUUCGCCCGUGAUGAGGGUAUCAAGUAUGUGAUGAUUCCGAGUGGGUAUCGGGAUUUCCAGUGGCUGCAGGCCCUGUUCACUGGGAAAUUAGUCUCAGCGGGCCCCUUCAAGCACUUGCGGCCAACGCAGUACUAUACCGAGAAGUUGGACAAUAAACACUUCUACCUUCUUCAUCCCGAUUUCCUGAGAUAUUUGAGGAACAGAUUUCUGAGGUCUCCAGGUCUCAAUUAUGAAUUCUGGGCUGUAGUUAAACCUACAAAUGGAGCAGUAGCUCUUUUCCUGGCUCUGCACACCUGUGAUGUGGUGAAUGCAUAUGGCUUCAUCACAGAAGACUACCAAAAAUACCCUUACACUUAUUACAAGGGAACUGCUCAAAAGAUGAUUUUCUAUUUCACCCAUGACUUCAUUACGGAAAUGAAUGCGUGGAAGAACUUGCACAAUGCCGGAAUAAUCAAUCUUUACCAACGGAGGGAACCAUAAGGGUGUUUUAACUGGAUUCUGGAAGAGGAGCCAUUUGGUCAGACUUUACAAUUUAGACCUGGCCUGUCAACCUGGUGUUGGUAACCAAAUCGUACGAUUUUGCAAUGCAUGCAUAAGACGUAUGUAUCUUAUAAUGAAUGCAUAUGAUGCAUGUGUCUUAUAAUGCAGAAAUAUGAUGCAUGCACAGUAAAGGGGCUAUUGUAUUAGGCUGUAUAGGACAAAAAAAGGCCUAUACAGCCAUGAUUUGGGUACAAGAAAUGUGUAAGUACUCGGAAGCUAAUCUUGACGUAGACAGUGAUUUGAGCUUGGGUAUGAAACGGUUAGGUGUAACUUUGAUUAGUAAGAAGUACAGUUGUCACGGCUUAGUGUUGUCUGGAUUCCCGUAAAAAAAAAAAAAAUUGAGAAAUGACGGGUCGCAGGCAUUGUGUGAUUCUGUAACUAUUUCGCAAACCUUUUAAAUUAUCUUUGAUGGUUUGGUCAUCGCAAAUGUAGUUCAAUUGUUGUGACUUGAGUGAACGAGGCAUCUAGUAAGAUAGGCCUACAGUUUGGCUUACAUAAAAAAAUGUAGACCUUAUCACUAAUGGGCCUACGGCGACUGGAAGACCACACAAUGAUCGUGUGCUAAAUUGUAUCGAUGUUGUUGCCUUAUUUUCUCUAAGAAUAGCAAACAUGUUUGAAUGCACAAAUAUGUUGCUAAAUCGAUCUUCCUAAGCCGAUGCCUGGGCGUUCUCUGAAUUGCAUUUUGGUGGUCAGAGUUGGGGAAAGAACAAGAGAGUAACAUGUGCUCCCAUCAUACCUUGCAGGCAAAAUUAAAUAACAUUAUUUAUGUCUGAUGCAAGGAUUAUUGCCGUUUUUUCCUGGUUAUAUUCUUUCAUGCAACUUCAUGUUUGGGUUUUUCUGUGAAUUCCAAUCUGAACUACAGUAAACCACGAUGUAGAGAUGUAUCGCGGAGAACAUGGUUCGUGCUGAGGCUCUUUGCCUCCAGUACACUCUCGUUUCACUUCAGAUCGCAUAAAUCUUUCGCCUUUUACUAAAGAUUUCCGUGGAGUGGAACAUUUUG